UUAAUGCAAAGACUUUCUCUCUUUACCAAUCCAAAGCCUCUCCCAGAAAGCGAUAACUUAGAUUUACUCGCUACACAUGAGAAGAGGAAGAGAACUCAGUCUUUUAAACAAGACAUUAUAGACAAUUGCUCAAUGUCUCUAAUGAUGAAGGAAGAGUCGCCUUUCAUUACUACUACGGUGAUGGAUGACUCCAAAGCUCUUCUUUUUAAAGAGCUUACUUGCAAUGUCAUGCAGUCCUCCCAUGUUAUCAAAUGUUUACCAAAGGUUGAUCAUGAGCAACUUGAAAGGAAGAAAAUUACGUUGCCUAAAAAGACAAAUCUUGGAAAACAACAAUCCAAGAAAAGCGUAAGUGUUGAUCUCCGACAUAAAUGGAAGACUAUCAUCUUUGAUAUGGACGAGACCCUGAUUCAUAAGGUUGGAUCUCAAGAUUCCAAUAGGGAAGCAGACUUUUAUGUCACUGUCCCUACAGAAGAUCUCACAGGUUCUUAUAAGGUAAGAGUCAACAAGUUUUUGUUCUUAAAUAUUCAACUAUAUUAUA